GAAUCAAAAAAGUUGAUUGUGGGCUACGACAUUGUGUUGGAUUAACUUACGAUGGAAUCUGUUUUGGAUGGGGAAACAAUAAAUAUGGACAACUAGGGCCAUUACAGAAAGAUUCAGAAAAUUAUGAUGCAAAAAUAUUAGAGCAGAAGAAUUUAAAUAUAAGUGGAUUAUCUGAAAAAAUUAGGUCAGCUAAAAAAGACGAAUGCUACUUUAAACCAAUUAAAAUUUUAAUUGGAUUUACAGAAAGAAUUGAAGAUAUUGCAUGCGGACAACACCAUACACUUGUUUUGACUUGCAUGGGACAAGUUUAUUCAUUUGGCCUCAAUAAGUAUGGUCAACUAGGAUAUGCCUCACCAUUAAAAAUUCAAAAUUGUAUGAUUCCUAAACAGAUAACAAAACUUCCUAGCAAGGUUGUUAAAAUAUCGUGUGGCUGGAAUACUUCUAUGGUUCUUUGUGAAGAUAAUAAAGUUUUAAUUUGGGGUAGAAAUGAUCAUGGACAAUUAGGAAAAGUGAAUCCAGAAAUAAAUCAAAAUAAAAAUGGUGAAAAUGAAAACGGAUAUAUUAUUCAACCUCUUCCAUUAUAUUAUCUUCCACAAUAC